AUAUCUUCCUUUUGAGUGGAAAAAAAUUGAGAUAUCUUCUCUAAAGCCGCCUCUCUUUUAUUUUCCUCUUUCUUUCUUCUUCAUUUCUCUCUUUCUUUUUUUCUUUCUUUCUUCAUCCUCAUUUUUGUUGAAAACCCUAACAGAAAAAAUAAUAUUUGGAUCUCAUGAUGACUUUUUAACUUUUUGUGUUCAUUUCUUCUGUUGUGGUGGCUCAGAGACGAGAAGCAUGGGGAAAAGAAGUACUGCUACUACCAUCAUCUUCUUCUUCUUUUGUGCAGAGAUUUGAAGGGUACACAUAUCUGAUUAUCUUCUUCUUUAAUGAAGUUUUUGCAGUAAGUGCACUAAAACCAACAAACAAAAAUCUCUUUUUCUCUCUCUCUCUCUUUUUCUUUACCAUAUCUCUGUCCUUUCUUCCUUUGUUCUUCUUCUUGUUGCUUUAUUCCAUUUGUUUUGUGAGCUGUUUAAAGCAAAGAAUAAUGGAUUCUGGAAACAAUAGUGCUAGUCUGCAGUCAUCAAGUACUGGUGGUGGUGGUGGUGGUGGUGAUCAUGAAGAGUACGAUUCACGUUCUGAUUCUCUUUCUUCAGCUUUUCACACACAAAAUUCUUCAUCUUCUUCCAUGUUUGAUCCUUUUGCCAACUAUUUCAACCCCAUAUCCCGCCUUCAACCACCACCACCACCACAUCCGUCACACAACUACACAACCACCGCUAAUUCAAUUUUCAAUCUCGAUACCGAUUGGCCCAUUAAAAGGAUAAGGUCCGACCAAACCAACAACAACCACCCGAUGUUAUUAUCAUCAUCAUGUGAUAAGUCAUCUCCUUAUUUUAAUAACUCCUUAUCCUUUGGUACUACUACUAUUGGUAGUAUUUCUUUCCCUUCAUCAUCAGAAGAGCACCGCGGUGGUGGUGGGAACGUGAGUGUUACUACUACUACUGCUGCUGCUGAGCCGGCAGCUGCAGCGGAUCAACCAAUUACACAACCGGCACGGAAUCCGAAGAAAAGAUCGAGAGCUUCGAGAAGAGCACCAACUACUGUGUUGACAACAGAUACUACUAAUUUCAGAGCUAUGGUUCAAGAAUUUACAGGGAUUCCUGCACCACCUUUUACUACUAAUUCCUAUUUCCCUCAUAGAACCAGAUUUGAUUUGUUUGCUUCUGCACCCAAUUCUGCAAUAAGAUCUGCUUCUGCUGCUGCUAAUAAUAAUCAUCCUUUCAACAUUUCACAAUCACCUAAUUAUCUACCAAGGCCUUUCCCUCACAAAAUUCAACCACCGCCACCCUUUAUUUCUCCUUCUUCAUCCUCGUCGUCGUUAACGUUGAGUUCUUUACCUAGCAAUAUUCCUUCUGCUUCUUCAACAACCUCUAGUGCUUCUAAUUCUACAAUCAACUAUCAACUUCCCAGCAGCAACGGAGUCGCCAAUUCUGUUACACAAGGCUCUAAUCUUUUCAGUACAAUUCAACAGAACUCAAUCCUUACAUCACUUCUUCAAUCUUCUCAAAAAUACCCAAUUGGAUCGAAAGAACAAGGGCUAUUCCAAAUGGCAUCAAAUAGCACCUCUCAAUUCCAAAUGCCAUCAAGUAUGAACAACAACAUCCAACAUGGACAUCUUCUGAGUGAGCUUCCCAACCUGAUUUCUCCAGAACAAGCAGCAGCAUCGGCGAGGAACGACAACAGUAUUAAUGCAGCCAAUUUUCAUGGCGAUAAGGUGCAGGAAAGCAGAGGUGGUGAAGGUAUGGUGGAAUCAUGGAUUUGUUCUUCAGACUAAAAGAAAAAAGAAGAUUAUUAUUAUUAUUGAAGUCAUGAUUAUGUGAUCAUAACAACAAUGAAAAGGUGGGGGAAAAAAUCAUGUUUAUCAAAAAAAAAAAAAGAGGAAGAAAAACUUUAAUUUAGUUUAAUCUGAUGAAGUGCACUGUAGAUAAUAAUCUGGGGAUUGGUUUCUUGAAGUACUUGAUUAUAUGGCUAAUCAUAUACUUAUAGAUUAGAUUUAGAUUAGGGAGAAAGUGGGAGGGAGAUGGAAUACAAAUAUUAUUACUAUUAUGAUUAGAAUGAUGGUCUAGUUCUUUAGUUCAUUUUUCUUGUUUUCUUGCCAAUAUUGGUUUUUAUUGGAAUAGUAAAAUGUUGUUACUUUGCA